AUGGAUCCAAAAAAUAAGUAUGAUGCGGAUGAUAUAGCUAGAGGCUUUUUAGUUACAUUACUUGGGUCCACUAUAUUUAUUGACAAAACUGUAGAUCGAACGUCCACUCUAUUAUUUCCUCUAGUACGCGACCUUGUUAGUGUUAAGUCGUACUCGUGGGCUUCGGCAGCUCUUGCGUAUCUUUAUCGGGAACUUGGCAAAGCUACAAGAGCAGAGACUAAGCAACUGGCAGGAUCAUCUACUCUUCUUGAGGUUAUAUGGGUGCCUUAUGGUAUCAAUGUAGUACACAAUUUACCAUUAUCAUUGUAUCAUGGAUGCAUUCGGUACGCUUCUAUAAUUGAACCGUAUAUGCCGGACCGUGUUCUACGACAAUUUGGAUAUGUACAGACUCGUCCUAGGUCUCCAAUUACACCAAACAAAGAGAACAAACCGGCCCAUUUUUACGCCAUCGAAUAUCCGGAAUCUAUGAUGUGCUUUUGGGAUGAUCCUUCAUCCCAUUAUUUAAGUAUGCACCGUCUAGGUAAGGAAGCUUCCAAUCCAUGGGAUUGCUCUUCCGACUACAUGCAAUGGUUUUUACAAUAUUCACAUCCAAAGUUGCAAAAUCCUGAACAUGCCCCUAAUGGAUAUAUGCCAAGACAACACCAACUUACUGCCGAAGCGCGACUCCACUUGAUUGCUCAUUAUCUACGUCCAGUAUAUCCUGAAGUACGAUCAAAAUUGAGUUUGGAGGACCAAUUUCACCAUAUUGACCAGGCUAUUGACAUUCUGUUGGAGUUUGAAAAACUACAUUCGUCACAACGAUGA